GUUAUCUUGCCUUUCAGCCAGAAGCAUGCAGGCAUUAUUACUACCGCUUUAUACCGGUAACUGAUAACUGACUGUUACACAUUCCAUUCCAUAUGCAUAUGCAUUUGAAGAAGUGGGCUGUAGCCCACGAAAGCUUAUGGUCUAAUAAAUUUGUUAGUCUCUAAGGUGCAACAAGUACUCCUGUUCUUUUUGCUAGGAAAAGGUCAGCUAAAUCGCAGGCUGCCUCCAGCUAACGCAGGUCAAUGCUGCGGUGCUCGGAGCGCAGUGAGUAACUUCAAGGCGCCUCUCCCCAUGCAGGUGUGACAGGCCCAGGGCAGCCCCCAGAGCCACACCUGCCCGCUGCAGGAGCCUUAGGCAGCCAUGGGCCUGGCAGGGGGCUCCUGGGAACAGCAAACCCGGGCAGGCCCUUGCCACUUGUGGUGGGGGAAGGGAGGGGGGUGUAAAAUAUUUCACCCGCCCCCUCAGGCCCCUUCGCGCCUCUGCUCCGCCCCCGUGAACAGCCGGGAGGGCAGUGGCUUCAGCCGAGCUCACUGAGCAUGCGCAAUCGGAACGCGCAUGCUCCGUACCAACAGAACAGCCGCGCCGUUUGUAACGUUCCAGCCGCUCCGCAGCGCCGGUCGAGCGUGACCCUCCGGCCCGUGGCGCAGCCCCGCUUGGCCGCCGCGCGCCAUGGGCGAGCGCCGGGGCCGCGCUCCGCCGCAGGAGGCCGUAGGGCCGGAGCGGGGUUUCUCUUCAGAUGCUAUUGAAAAUGACUUUAAACCAAAUGAAGAACCUCUUCUCAGAAAAAAUCCUCGUAGAUUUGUCAUCUUCCCACUCCAAUACCCGGAUAUAUGGAACAUGUAUAAAAAGGCACAAGCUUCCUUCUGGACAGCAGAAGAGGUUGAUUUAUCAAAGGACUUUCCUCACUGGAACAAGCUGAAAUCAGAAGAAAAAUACUUCAUCUCUCAUGUCCUGGCUUUUUUUGCAGCCAGCGAUGGAAUUGUAAAUGAAAAUUUGGUGGAGCGAUUCAGCCAGGAAGUGCAAAUCCCAGAGGCUCGUUGUUUCUAUGGAUUUCAGAUUCUAAUUGAGAAUGUUCACUCGGAGAUGUACAGUUUGCUAAUAGACACUUACAUCAAAAAUCCCAAGAAACGAGAAUUUUUAUUUAAUGCAAUUGAAACAAUGCCUUGUGUCAAGAAGAAAGCAGAUUGGGCCCUGAGGUGGAUAGCAGACAGAGACUCAACUUUUGGGGAGAGAGUGGUUGCCUUUGCUGCAGUGGAAGGGAUCUUCUUCUCAGGUUCUUUUGCUGCUAUAUUUUGGCUGAAGAAGAGGGGUCUGAUGCCUGGACUGACAUUCUCCAAUGAGCUCAUUAGCCGAGAUGAGGGUCUGCACUGUGACUUUGCUUGCCUAAUAUUUCAUUAUUUAGUGAACAAGCCUUCAGAAGAGAGGGUCAAGGAGAUCAUUGUUAAUGCAGUCGAAAUUGAGCAGGAGUUUUUAACAGAGGCUUUACCAGUAGGGCUGAUUGGAAUGAAUUGCACUUUGAUGAAACGAUAUAUUGAAUUUGUGGCAGACCGGUUACUGACAGAACUUGGGUUCUCUAAGGUCUUUCAAGCAGAAAAUCCUUUUGAUUUCAUGGAAAAUAUUUCACUGGAAGGAAAAACAAAUUUCUUUGAGAAGCGGGUUUCAGAGUAUCAGCGCUUUGCAGUUAUGGCAGAAACAACAGACAAUGUUUUCACACUGGAUGCAGAUUUCUAAUCUCUCUUCAGAGAGCAUCUUGACUUUUUCCCACUCCCCCAUCUCACUUCGUGUUGGGAAGUUUUAUGUAUUUCUUCUGAAGUCUACUAGGAUUUUUUUUUUUCUGGCUUCCUACUUUGUGUGAAGUUAUAAAUUUACAGUUGAAUAAACUGUAAUUUAGCAAUACAAUAUGUAGGUUAUAACCUAUAAUGUAAAUAUCUUUUUGCAUUGCACCCUGUAAAAAGGUCCUCUUAGAAAUUCAUGCAGCUUCUUAAAGGGAUAUACAGUAACUCCUCACUUAACGUUGUAGUUAUUUUCCUGAAAAAUGCAACUUUAAGUGAAACAAUGUUAAACGAAUCCAAUUGUUCCAUAAGAUUUAAUGUAAAUGCGGGGGUUAGGUGCCAAGGAAAUUUUUUGGGGUCAGACAAAAGGUAUUAUACUGUACAGUACUGUACUGUGGUUGGGAAGUACCCUGGCUGGGAAGCACCUUUGCAGCAGCAGCGGCAGCUUCCCUGGAGAACAGGCUCGGAUUUUGCCGGGAAUGCUCCAGGCCCGCCUCUUCCAGUCCCCGCUCCACUCCAAGCCCACCUCUUUUUCCACCCCCCCACUCCACCUCCUCUCCGGAGCACGCCACAUCCCUUCCCCCCCCAAAGUCCUAAGCGCCGCCAAACAGCUGUUUAGCAGCGCUUAGGAUUUUCUGGGAGGAAGGGGGAGGAGUGGCGACACGGGGCUUCCCUGCUUCUCCCCCUCCCUCCCAGCACUUCGCGCUUAGGACUUUCUGGGAGGGAGGGGCAGGAGUGGGGAAGCCCUGCGUCUCCGCUCCUCCCGCUCCUUCCCAGAAAGUCCCAAGCGCCUCCAAACAGCUGUUUGUCGGUGGGGGAAGCACUGGGAGGGAGGGAGAGGAGGCGGAGAAGUGGAACUUGUGCAAUGCUCACUUGUAAAGUCGCUGCUCUUCCACAGAAUCUUACAAGCAGGUAGCCAAACGACGUUCUAAGGGAGCAUUGCACAACUUUAAACGAGCAUGUUCCCUAAUUGAGCAGGGACAUAACAUUGAAACAACGUUAAGUGGGACAACGUUAAAUGGGGAGUUACUGUGCUAUAAAGAACUUGUUUAACUCAUGUUGUUGUGACCAUUGGAUAAAACUGGCUUUUUUUAAAUGGCUGCUAUGUUUUACUGUGCUUUAGUUAAGCUAAUUACAUCUCUAACUCGAUAUAACGCUGUCCUCGGGAACCAAAAAAAUCUUACCGCGUUAUAGAUGAAACCACGUUAUAUCGAACUUGCUUUGAUCUGCUGGAGUGCGCAGCCCCGGAGCACUGCUUUACCGAAUUAUAUUCGAAUUCGUGUUAUAUUGGGUCGCGUUAUAUCGGGGUAGAGGUGUAUUUCUUAAUUUGCAUCUGUGCCUCACUUUGCAGUAUUUUAAUCUUGAAUCCAGAUGAGGUAACACUGCAUGUAAAUAUGUUCCUGCAAACUCUUCUGACAACAGUUUUAAAAUGUAAAUUCGUGAAUCUAGAACAGUGCUUCCCCUUUGUCCCUAUGAUAGAGUAUCCUUCUCCACUGCUUCAAAAACAUUAGUAGAGGAAGGAGUGGUGUGUGUUUAGUGGGGUAUACAGUAUGAUUAUGGUACGAACUUAUCAGAUCAGGUGAUACAAUUUGCUUGGAUUUCCUUGUUAACCUGUCAUCUAGCUCAAGCAGCUUUCAUGACACGUGCCAAACCCGGCCUAUCAGUACUAGCAGCAAGCGUUCAAGGGAAAAUAUCUUUCAUAUAAGAUUUGUUUUGUAAUAUUAUAAAUCAGGUGGAUCUAUAUUUAAAACUUGAGCCUGUAACGAGACAGAGAAGGAGAAAGUUUUUGGUGUUGUUCAAAUCUCAGCCUACUUUAUUGUUUAAUCCAGUUGAUGCUACUUACAUGUAAGUGUCUUAACAGUAAACAGAUUUACAGCAGCUUUAAUCCCUUAUUGCACUGGGGUUGUGAUCAGCAUCUGACAUUGAAAUAUCAAUUUCUACAUAUCUUCUUUAUUUUAUCCAUUCUGCUGGGUAUUCUAUACUCUCCCAUCCUUCUGAAUUUCACCAGUAUAUUUGUAAUGUAAGAUAGUGUAUCGUUCUGAUUUUUUCCCCUUGAGGUGUAUUUUUUUACUUGAGCCUUAUACCAUUGAGAACCCAGAUACUGGGGUGAUGGUCAUCUGUAGAAUAGCAUGUUCAAUGUGCAACAUCACAGCAUUACAAUAGAAUUUUCAGACCACAGGUAGUCACAGUGUACUAGUGUUUUUAAAUUAUUCUGUCAACACUGUAGUACAUUGUGACUAUCAGCCCCAACUAGUGAGUGCUGCAUAAAUGGUGGUGUGUGAUCUGUAUACAAUCUAGCGUGUGUGUGUGUGUGUGUGUGUGUGUAUUUUAGUUUAUAUCACAGGCAACUGCUACCGUAUAGGCACAAAUUGAAGGGGUGUUUUUAUAAUUUGACAUAGUGACAUUUGGUGUAGAAGGAAUAACAGUAACAAUCCAGCCCAGAUUGACAGUGACAAAGUACAGCAGAACCCCAUUUAUCUGAUUUAAUUGGGACCUGGAGCCAGAUCGGAAAACUCAGAUAAUCCAGAGAAUGGGUAAGUAUGAGGCUGCAGCACCAUCUAGCGGUCACAGGAGAGAUCUCCCACUUCUGGAAGUGUGUGGGCUGGUUGCUCACUUAAUAGGAGAGCCAGAUAAUGGAGGGUCAGAUAAACAGAGUUCUACUGUAGUUACCAUCUGAAUUAUGUGAAGUAAGUCAGGCAUGUCGGUCUAGUUCCUGGUGGACAGGUGUCCACAUCACAAAAAUAAGAAUAAUUGGCUCCCCCUUGUUCAGAGUCUGAGCAAAGAGGUCAAGGAUUUAAAAGGCAUGGAAGUAGAACUACUCUUUCUUCUAGAGAUGGCCUGUCCAGUCUGGAGGGAGACACAUUGGUCGGGCAUUGAGGGAAAGCUUGCACCUAUGGCUGUACUUGUACCUGUUCUUUGAUUAAAUAGAGAAUGACAAAUUCUGGAGCUCUCAAUGCAGCAUGUUUCAUGAGCAGUAUGUUCACAUGGAAGGAGAAAAUGUUACAACCUGAAUGUGACCUGUUUGGGGAAAGGCAACCUCUUUUCUGCUUGUAUCAUCCUCAACUUGGUAGUAUGAGGAGAUUUUUUUUUUUAAGCAUUUAUCCAAUGUUAUAAUUUAAAUUAAGAUACUUGAUGUUUAGUCCAGGGUAUUCACUCUUUUCUAUAUGGAUUUGCUCAGGUCCCUUAGAUAAACAUAAGAUACCAAAAUCCUGUUACAAUCUUUAUUCAAGUCAUGUGUGAAAUAUUUGUAUAGUUUCAGUAACACGGUUCAAAAGAUGGUCCUGGCCAUGCCAGACUUCCUAAAGAAAUGGACGGGGAAAUAUCUAUGGCUUGCUAGUUCCUUGUUUUAUUGCAAAGCCUAAAAUGAUUUAAAUAAAGUUAAUAAAGAAAUAAACCAUGUCUAAACAAUGUAAUCUAGUGUCUUUGGAGCACUUGUUUUAUUUGGUAGAGGGAAGCUUGGCCUCUAUACCUUGACUCAUGAUAGGAAACAGAAGAUGCAUUCCCCGCAUUUUCUCAGAAUCAUUCUGUCAUGCGGGGCAGAGUUUGCUCUCUCUGCAUCUAGCAAGGGGUUUUAUCCAUUAAACCUAUGGAUGUCCCAGAAGCUGUGCAGAGCUUUGGAUACCCAUUGCCAGGGGUGAGGAUUCUUGGAAAUCUACCAAGGGCUUCUCCCUCAGCCCCCUAAAGCCAAAGAACCCCAACCCACUGGUCUCUGUGGUGUUUGGGGCCAGGGAGAGAAUACAGUAGAGCCACUGCUCCCCUAGCAUCUAUAUGAGUGUCUUGGCUUAUUGGGCCCAACGUGUUACCUUCAUUAAUACACCUCUAUCCCGAUACAACAUGACCCGAUAUAACAUGGGUUCGCAGUCAAUGCGGUAAAGCUCUGACACGCUGCUCUGAGCAGCGUGUUAAGGGGGCUGAGGUUGAGGGAUUGGAUAAGGGGCAGAGGGUCUCAGAGGCUGUCAGGGGCUCCCCCCCAGGAAGGCAGGAGCUGUGGAGUGGGCACUUUUGGGGGCCCUGCAGUCCCAGAGUGGGCCAGGGGAUUAGCAGGGGGCUGGGAGCAGCCUGCUCCACUUCCCUCGCCCCAGCCCCAGCCGUGUCGCUCGGGGGAGGGGUCUCGGGGGAAGGGAUCCCCCCCCACACUCACCGGCAAUGGCAGAAGCGGAGCAGCCCUGCCCCAGCCCACUGCACUCCGCCAGCUCCUAGCCGCGGCACUCCGCUUCCCGCCGCAGGUGAAUGCGGGACCUUUCCCCAACCCCUCUGUUCCCCAGCGACAUGGCUGGGGCCAGGGCAAGGAAAGCGGAGCAGGCUGGGGCCGCGUCGCUCCGCUUUCUGCUGCCGGUGAGUGCGGGGAGGUUAGGGAAAGGACGCCCUCCGCGGCUGGGAGGUGGCAGAGUGGAGCAGACUGGGGCCAAGUUGCUCCGCUUCCUGCCGGUGAGUGCCUGUCAGGGGGCAGGGUGUGUGGAUAGGGGUCGGAGCAGUCAGGGGACAGGGAGCCGGGGGGUUGAGUAGGGGGUGGAGUCCUGGGGGUGAUUAGGGACGGGGGUCUCUGGAGUGGGCAGUCAGGGAACAAGGAACCAGGGGGGAGUGGCAAAGCAAGUUCGAUAUAAAGCGGUCUCACCUAUAACGCAGUGAGAUUUUUUUUGUCUCCCGAGGACCACGCUAUAGCGGUGUACCUAGUGGAGGGUGGUAAUGUUACUCACUGUUUGUUCCCUACUAGGAGUAUUUGACAGAGUAUCUAUAGCUGAGUCUUUAGGGCUCCAGAGCUGAUAAGUCUGCACUAGAUUCCUUUAGGUACCCACAUUCCUUUUCAUAUUUUGUUCUCCCUGCAACCAUUGAUAGCUAUUGAACAAACCCCUGCCCUCAGUAACCUGUCUCUAAUGUCUCUCUGGGAAUUGGCCUUUGAGAUAGUGAAACAUUGUGGCGUUAUUGACAAACUGUGACCGUAUAGAUUAUUGUUGCAACCAGGGUCCUGUGGUUGCACCAGGUCUUGUUCAGAGGAGGCCAAAUAGGGUGUCUAUGGGAAGGUUGUAGAUUGCUGGUUAUGAUUAUGCUGUCUGUAUGUGUGUAUCAUUUUUGUAUUUGAAGUUAUGAAUAUUGGCUAUGUACUUGUUUGAUUCUAAGUAGCCUCAGUGAAGUAUUUGGUCAGCUUCUUGAGAAAGGACUAUUCUCAGUAAGUGCCCAAUCAAGAAACGCUUAUCUGACAAUCGACUUUGGGAGAUGCCAAUCCACAUCUGAGCUUUCCUGGGAAUGUUCAAAAUAACAUGUAAACAAUGGCGUUGGCCUGCAAAAAGCUGAAUCAUUCAUAGACAUGUGACUUGCCCAGGUGACUGCAAACUCCAUCUUGUUGAGGGGAUUUUACACAGGAGAACAAAGGGGUUUCCACCCACGAGAGAGACUACAGAAGGCCCUGGAAACCCCUCCAUUUUGUCUUCAGCUGGCUCAAGAGAUAGCCUCUCCACCCCAAAGAGAUGCCUGAAAGAAACUGGAACAAAGGACAGUAACUGUGGGAGUGUGAGUGAUUGCUGGAUCCAGACUAGGAAGGAGCCUAGUCUGUGAAAGAAGCUUUUUGGAACAUCUGUGAGGGUGAGAUUUACCUGCAUUUAGUUUCUUACUGUAUUAGGAUUAAACUUGCGUGUUUUUGUUUUA